AUGGCAUCUAUGGUUGACGCAUCUAUCGAGACUCGGCUGUUCAUUAACGGUGAGUUUCGACCAUCGUCUAGUAGCAAAACAUUCGAGGUGGUAUAUCCAUACACCAAAGAGGUCGUUGCGCAAGUCCAAGAAGCCGAUAUAAAAGACGUAGAAGAUGCCGUUACUGCUGCCAAGGCAGCUUUCCCCGCCUGGCGAGACCUGGGCACUGAAAAGCGUGGCGUAUACUUGCGCAAACUAUCCCAGCUCAUCUUGAAAUCAAAUCAAGAGCUGGCAAAGCUCGAAACUCUGUCCACCGGCCGACCAAUCUCACAGUUCUUCGACGUUAGUCUCGCAGCGCAGUUCUUCGAGUACUUCGCUGGUGGCGGUUGGACUGCGCAGGGAACGGCCAGCCUCAACACCCCAGACCACCUUAAUCUGACCGUCAAGCAGCCGUAUGGUGUGGUAGCACUUAUCAUCCCGUGGAAUUUUCCGCUUGUCAUGUUUGCCUCAAAGAUGGCGCCAGCACUAGCGGCAGGCAAUACAAUUGUAUUGAAGAGCAGCGAGAAGGCGCCGUUGACGUCUCUCUUUGUAGCCAGACUGAUUGAGGAAGCCGGCUUCCCACCUGGCGUUGUCAACAUCAUCUCUGGCCUCGGCAACCCUACCGGAGCGGUACUGGCAUCGCAUAUGACUGUCCGCUGCAUCAGCUUCACCGGCUCCACGGCCACGGGCCAGAAGAUCCAGGCGGCAGCCGCAAAGUCAAAUAUGAAGCACGUGCAUAUGGAGCUGGGCGGAAAGUCACCGGCGAUUGUCUUCGAAGACGCAGACCUGGAGACAGCCGCUGCGCAGACACAGUUCGGCAUCCAGUUUAAUAGUGGGCAAGUGUGCUCGGCGAACUCACGGAUCUAUGUGCACGAUUCAGUAGCUCAACAAUUCACUACGUUGUUCCGAGAGAAGUUUGCUGCUGUCCGGAUGGGUGAUCCACUCGAUCCUGCUACCUCGCAUGGUCCGCAGAUUGAUAUGCUGCAGUAUAACCGGAUCAAGGAAUACCUUAACAUUGGGGAGAAGGAUGGAACGUUCACUCUAGGUGGUGAUGCGAAAGACGGGUUCUUUGUGCGGCAAACUAUCUUUGAGGGUGUUGCUGAAGAUUCGCGGCUGAUGAGAGAGGAGGUCUUUGGCCCAGUUGUUGUAAUCAAUACUUUUUCCACAGAGGCCGAAGCGAUUGAGAAGGCCAAUGAUUCAGAGUUUGGCCUGUUCGCUGCUGUCUUUACCAAAGAUAUUGAUCGCGCCGUUCGUUUGGCUAAGGCUCUGGAUGCGGGCACUGUUGGGGUGAACUGCACUAGCCCGACGGGUGCUAUGGAUAGUGCAUUUGGUGGGCUCAAGAUGAGUGGCAAUGACCGGGAGGGACUUCUGCAUAGCCUUGACAACUUCCUUGAGACCAAGAGUAUCUUAAUCAAGGCAGCGCGUCUGUAA